AUGGACGACGAGUUUGACGAUUUCGGCGAGUUCGAGGAGUUCGAACAGCCGCCACAGCGGUCUGCCGCAGACCCGUUUGUUUUCGCUCCAGAGAACGGCUCAGUUGAGGAACUCAGCCGCAUGAUACACAGUCUCCUGGGGUCCGACCCGUCCAGCGAGCCCGCCGCCGAUCUAGAGCUUAACCAGAGGUGUCAGGAUGUCUAUGAGAGACUCACACUGCCGCCAAUAAACCUCCAGCAGGUGAACUGGAAACGCUCUCUUCUUCGAAGACAGCUUCUUAUGAGCCUACGUAUUCCUAUUGAUCUGGACGAGGUUCUUCCCUCCGGCUCGAAAACCAGGAAGUCCAAGCUUUACGACAACAAUGCAUUGGCGGGACUAAAGAACAACGAGCUCUCCAGACUGGAAGAGCAGAUUGCAAAGCUGGAAGUUGAAAAAGCAGAAAAGGAUAAAAUACUGGAAUCGAGUGCCGCUGUUCUCGAAAGCGUGCACCAGAAAGUCCAGCCGGAGUCGUUCUACCGCGCUGCCGCGGAACGAGGCGAGCUGGACGGGAAGGCCAAGGAGCUGGAAAGCGUGCGCGACGAGCUGCUGAAAAUCGCGUGCAGUCUGAACCUGCGGCUAGAGGAGCUCAAGCAGGACAACGAGAUCUACUCGAUGUACGUGGAGAAUCUUGUUGGAAAUACACAGAAGCGCAGAAGAGAGGAGAAAAAGGGGGAUCUGAAGUGA